AACAAGGUCUUCACUCCUUACCAGCACAGCCAAGUCAUAAUUAUGUCUAAACACCGCCUAUUUCUACAAUGUAUCUUCUUAAAAUCUGAUUUUAAACCUAACCACAAUGCUUUGCUAGCCCUAUGCCUAAUAUUGACCUUAAAUGAACGCUAAAGUUUUUUUUACAUAGCCACAUUUGACUUUGUGGCUGUGGUAACUAGUGACAACCCAAGAACACCAGUGUGGCCAUAACAAAGCAAGACAUUGUUGAAUUUGAAUUUGGAGCAGAUAUUUAAGUUUUUGGGAAACGUGAACACAAAAAAUGGAGGAAGAUUUGCAUCUGCACAGUUCUUCUGGUAAAUGUGUUUUUGUCAAAUUUUCAGUUUUUAAAUUGUUAAAGUAGUCGUUGUGCAUAGAUGUUUGUUAAACUUUGAAAUCAAUUGUUUUUGUUUGGCGUACAUAAAAUAAUAAUAAUAAUGUUUACCCCCUUUUUCUCCCCAAUUUCGUGGUAUCCAAUUGCUGGUAGUUACUGUCCUGUCUCAUCGCUACAACUCCCGCACGGACUCGGGACAGGCGAGGUCGAGAGCCAUGCGUCCUCCGACACACAACCCAACCAAGCCGCACUGCUUCUUAACACAGCGCGCAUCCAACCCGGAAGCCAGCCGCACCAAUGUGUCGGAGGAAACAUCGUACACCUAGCGACCUGGUCAGCGUGCACUGCGCCCGGCCCGCCACAGGAGUCACUAGUGCGCGAUGAGACAAGGAUUUCCCUGCCAGUCAAACCCUCCCUAACCCGGACGACGCUAGGCCAAUUGUGCGCCGCCCCAUGGGCCUCCCGGUCACGUCCAGCUGCUCAAACCCAGAGUCUCUGGUGGCACAGCUAGCAUUACGAUGCAGUGCCUUAGACCACUGUGCCACCCGGGAGGCCUUGCUUGGCGUACAUUUUGAGUGAAAAAUCUGAGUCUCAGCUCAAUUCCGUUACUGUGGAAUUGCCUAGACUUGUCAUUAUGAUGAAUCAGAAUUUGAUGGUACAAUUUGGGUAGCUCUUAAUAAUCCAAGUGGGGUAUACCUAGUUUACAGGCAGCCCCCCUUGAGUUCUCAGCUGAUGGUACUGAUCUCAGCUGUCUCCCUCGUGAACUACAAUCCUGACGCUCUGUUUAAUCCUGACGUUUUGUGUCUAAACGAAAAUACGCCUCACUUGUGAUAUAGUUUUGGUUACCUUUGGAACUUAACUUUCAAAUAAGCGAGAAAGAAUCUUUCAAAUGCAAAGAUGCACCCGGCUGUUUUCACACAUGGCCUCGGCUACAACACAUCCUCUCACCUUACGAUUGCAUUUCCAUUGGACCAUUCCAAUGCACAUUUCCUGUGUUUCUCAAAAUACAGCCAGGUGCAACAUUCCUAAACUGCACACAAUAAGUGUAUAUUUUGUAUAAAAAUAAUUUCUCGCUUACACGUAUUUGCGUUUAGACAGAACAUUGUGGGGAGCAUCGGCAAAAUCUCUUCAGGCGGCAGACAGCUUCGUGAAUAGAUGGUAUAAUUAAGCAAUAAGGCAUGAGGGGGUGUGGUAUAUGGCCAAUAUACCACGGCUAAGGGCUGCUCUUAGGCACAACACAUUGCGGAGUGCAUGAACACAGCCCUUAGCCAUGGUAUAUUGGCCAUAUUCCACAAACCCCCGAGGUACCUUAUUGCUAUUAUAAACUGGUUACCAACGUAAUUAGAACAGUGAAGAUACAUGUUUUGUCUGAUACACCACUGCUGUCAGCCAAUCGGCAUUUAGGGCUGGAACCACCGAUUUGUAAUGUUUAAUACCAUUUACAGUCUAUUUGAAGUAUUCCAUAAUUAAAAUGGAUUGAUUGGUUUAUUGCCUGGUUUUCCCAAUCCAUAGUCUAAAUGAGAGGAUUACGACGCCUCUCCCAAGCCUCAGUGGCUAUGGUUUGGGGCAGGGUUCCCUGCAGACUAAACAGCAGAGGGGGACAACCCCCCGCUCCUUUGGGAGCGAGGAUUCUGACCAACCCUGAGGACGUCUUCCAGCAUAACAUGUGGGACCAUGUGAAAUGGUCUGAGGAAGAGAAAGAAAAAGCCAGACAAAAGGCAGACGAUAAUUCUAGCUUACGCAUUCCGUUAGAAGAGCAAGGCAAAUAUGACAUAGACGCCAGUAAAUACUGGGACAGCUUUUAUGAGACGCACCAGGACAAGUUCUUUAAAGAUCGCAAGUGGCUGUUCUUGGAGUUCCCAGAGCUUCUUCCUUUAGGGCUAGAGAGCAGUGCUACUGAGGAGAGACCAUGUGGUCUGCGGGCCCCAUGCCCAGAGCCUGGUGUGUCAGGCAGGGAGAAAGAGACGGGCCAGCAGCGGCAACAUGCACCCAGUCACCAGCACAUAGAUCCACUGAUUAGUGAUUGCCAGCAGUCCUGUAAUCAAGAUGGGAGAGACACUGCAGGGGCUGCUAGGCAGACCAGCUCUUUCCCAGGCGAACAUGCAACUUUCAGGAUCUUCGAGGUUGGAUGUGGGGCUGGUAACAGUGUGUAUCCUAUUGUCAGCUCUAUUAAAGACACAGGGGCAUUCUUAUACUGCUGUGACUUUUCCCCCCGUGCUGUCCAGCUGGUCAAGGACCACCCAGACUAUGACCAGUCUGUGUGUCACACCUUUGUUCAGGACGUCUGUGACGAGGUGGGCUCCUUUCCAUUCCCUCCACUGAGCCUGGAUGUUAUUCUGCUGGUCUUCGUGCUGUCCUCCAUUCACCCUGAGCGAGUCCAAGGAGUUGUGACCCGGUUGUCUCAAUUCCUGAAACCCGGAGGGAUACUCCUCUUCCGGGAUUAUGGCAGAUAUGACCUAUCACAACUACGGUUUAAAAAAGGUCGAUGCUUGUCAGAGAAUUUCUACUCAAGGGGAGAUGGAACGUGUGUUUAUUUUUUCACAAAAGAUGAAGUUCACAGUUUAUUUUCCAAUGCUGGUUUGGAAGAAAUUCAGAAUCUGGAGGAUAGGCGACUACAGGUGAACAGAGGGAAGAAAGUUGUAAUGCGCAGAGUGUGGAUGCAAAGCAAGUUUAAAAAACCUCAACCACUAGCACCACCAUUGUAGUCUACCACCACUGUCCCUGCUCGGAUGAACAUGUUGCCCCAGGUUGGCUUUAGCAAGGACUUGUCUAUCCAAAUCAGAGGUCAGAAGGAGGUCAUAAGCAUGUCUCAGUGCAGUGAGAUGUGUUAGUGUGAUGCAUUUACAGUACCACUGGGAUGGUCCAUUAUCGGGCUGAGGGAGUGGUCAACUAUUGUGCCAAGGAAGUACCUUCUGGUUGUUGUGUGCUAAUUAUGGGUUUCACAUGCCAUGUAUGUAAAACUCACUUUUUGUAGGGAGACAAAUGUAAUUUAUUUUUCUGGUUGAGUGUAUGCAUACAUAUACAUAUUUAAUUAAACAGUUUUAUAUGUUGUAUAAACCAAUGAAAUUAAAAUCUGUGAAUGAUACUGUCAUAAAAAUGACUUAUUUGUACCUUCCUUAAUUGGACAUUUAACAAAUCAUUAAAAUUGUACCUGCUAUA